AUGGACGGGUUAUUUGAUUUUGUUAUGGAGAAAUAUUCGUGGUUAAUUGAUUCGUACAUGAUUGAAUACUUCAUCAAGGAUCUGUGGAACAAGCUUCCUUUUUCAUGGCGCUUGGCACUGGAAAAUAUGGAGCCCGAGGAUUGCCUGUGUCUUGUUGAUGCUUCAGCACCUUGCAAGAAUCGAGUUCUACCGCUCGCUAUUAUUUGUCUCAAGUUGCUUGCGAGCGGCCUGCCUUCUCGCGAAGCUGUGAAAUCUCCAGACGAGGUAGCAAAAGCUUGCGGAAUCUCAAAUACUAAGUUGCAUUACUUUUCGAGUAUCACAGCAGCGAACAAUUUGAGGACCAAACUGAAGCCGAAGAAACAGUAUGAAAUCGAUCGCAUUGUGAUAAUAGUUGAAUUGCUCAGAGAAUGCGAUUCUACGCCUAUGUUCAACACCGUCAUUGAUAUUGGUGCUGGAAUGGGUCAUCUCGCCCGGAUACUAUCUGUAUCUCUUCCAGAAUGUGUUGUGUAUGCAGUAGAACAAAAUGAAGAGGUAAGAUCUGUUCUUCUAAAUGAACGCUUGCAACGAAUCAGUGAGAAUUUUCGUGCACCAGAACAUCACUGUGAGUCAGUGCAAGCAGGUUUUUCCGGAUCGGUGCUGCGAAGUCUGGAACAAGGACAAAAGGUUUUGCUAAUUGGACUUCAUCCAUGUGGAGAUCUCUCUGUCUCAAUACUAAGAAUAUUUGCAAAGUCGCCGGAAGUGAAAAGAGCUAUCCUUUUCGGCUGUUGUUAUCAUAAAGUUAGCGCAGUUGAAGAAAAGAGGGAACGCUCAGAACUAGACUCCGGAGAAUGUGGCUUCCCAAUGAGUUCAAAAUAUCGCGAAAAGUACCUCUCAUAUGCUGCAAGAGAUUUGGCCUGUCAUGGAAACGAAUCCUUUGCAAAGCAGCUGCUGGUGAAGCCGCACUCUGCCUACCGACUGCAAUGUUAUCGUGCCGUAUUGGAAUGGUUAAUAGUGAACAGUCAACAGGAACAACUAUGCAGACAAAGAGAAUCUUUAGUGGUACACUCGGUGACCAGUAAGAAUGGAAUGAGUUUUGUGGAAUACAUGCGAAGUGCCCUUGUUAAAUAUCCAGAUAUAGCAAAAGUACUGGAAGAGCAGACCAGAUACGACGAGAAAAGUGAAUUGCUGAUUAAUUCCGUUGAAAAGGAAUGGCGGCAUUUGUUAGUAGUUCAUUGUUUACGUCUGCUUUUUGCUCCUAUUAUCGAGCAAAUCAUGAUCAGAGAUAGGGUGCAAUAUUUGGAAGAAUUUGGGCAUUCAGUUGCUGUAGUGCCUUUAUUUGAUCCUAGGAUUUCACCAAGGAAUUUUGCUCUUAUUGCUAUGAAGAAGUAG